AUGGCGAGCGUCGAGCACAUUGUCUUCUUGUCUCUGGUCCUGGACCUCUUCGCGUUCACCAUUCCCUUACCUCUGUUUCCUAGAAUCAUUGAAUGGUACACUAAACGGGAGUCGUCUGACCCGACGGGCUUUCUUUCACGCACUCUAGGUCUGGUGUCUGCCCUUCGAGGCUUCCUUUACCAGCCAGCAUCAAACCCUCAACGAUGGGAUGUGGUAUUGCUGGGUGGCCUCAUGGGCUCGGUCUUCUCUAUGCUCCAAUGGUUUGUUUCGCCACACAUCGGGUCUCUGAGUGACAAGUACGGGCGAAAGAGGGUUUUGCUGAUCACAAUGGCCGGAAACAUUCUUUCCGCAUUAAUAUGGGUGACGUCAACGACGUUCGCCUCCUACAUGCUCUCCCGCGUUGUUGGCGGUCUGAGUGAGGGGAACGUGCAACUGGCGAUUGCCAUUCUAUCCGAUGUAACCACUCCCGCAACUCGUGCAAAGGCACUCGCACACGUGGGCAUUGCCUUUGCCAUUUGCUUCUGUAUUGGUCCACCUAUUGGCGCGUACUUCGCUUCACAACCUCUCCCUUCUAGCUUCAUUGCGUCAGGAUUUGAACUAAAUGUCUACGCUACGCCGGCGAUGAUUACUGUGAUACUUCUCGUGCUAGAAACAAUAUUCCUGGCUGUUGCAUUACCGGAAACACGAGGAAAGCGUGCACAGGCAACGUCUUCUGAUAAAAGUGACAGCAAGUCUGCCGAGAAAGCUGCUGCUGUCCCGAAAGCGACCCCGGAGCAGCGCCUGGCAGUUCUCAAAACGCUGCGCAGAUUGCACUUCCUUUUCCUCGGCCUUUUCUCUGGCGUGGAAUUUACGCUGACAUUCUUGACAUUCGACUUGUUCGACUGGAACAAUAAACAGAACGGAGCAUUGAUUGGCUCGAUCGGCAUUAUCAGCGCACUCCUACAAGGAGGCUAUGUGCGUCGCGCCAUCCCCAAGAUCGGCGAGGGCGCCAUGGCCCGCCGAGGCAUCUCGAGCUGCGCAGUCGGCCUCGUUCUCCUCGCCCUCGUACCGCUCUUCGUGGACCACCGGACUACAACAGCCGUGCGCUUACUGCAGGGUGCUGCGGUGUGCAUGGCGUUCACAUCUGCGACGGUCGUGAACUCGCUAACGGCGUACGCGUCGCUGCAGUGCGACGAGGGCAUCGACGCCGAUACAGGCAAGGCGGUCGAAGAGCACCCUGAGCUCGCAAAGGGGAAGGCACUGGGCCAAUUCCGGUCGUCCGGACAGCUGGGGCGGGCCAUCGGGCCCCUGCUAGCGUGUGCGUCCUAUUGGACGUUUGGUCCGUCCUCGACAUAUGCUCUGAGUGCGGUGGCUAUGUUCGCGCUCUCGGCAAAUGCGCAGUCGAUAGCGAGGGGGGGAACCAUCCCUGCUGCGUCAUAG